CGAAGCCGUUUGCACUUUGACCACAUUGAUCAACAGACACGUAACAGCAGUCUGACACUUGUUGUUCGUGUGGUGUCGUCGCUCCCGGUCACUGCUCCGUGUUGAGAUGGCGCAGGAGAAUCUGUCCGUGGUGCUUCACGCUCUGGGAGACCUGCGGCUGGAAAACCGUCCCAUCCCGGAGCCAGGACCCGAUGAGGUUUUGCUGCGGAUGCACUCUGUUGGAAUCUGUGGAUCAGACGUCCACUACUGGCAGCACGGACGCAUCGGAGACUUUGUGGUCAGAGAACCGAUGGUGCUGGGCCACGAGGCGGCGGGGCAGGUGGUGGAGGUCGGGUCGGCCGUCAAGCACCUUAAAGUAGGUGACAGAGUGGCCAUUGAGCCUGGUGUUCCACGUGAGAUGGACGAGUUCUUCAAAAACGGACGAUACAACUUGUCUCCCACCAUCUUCUUUUGUGCCACGCCCCCUGACCAUGGAAACUUGUGCAGAUACUACAAGCACAAUGCCAACUUCUGUUACAAGUUGCCUGACAAUGUGACCUUUGAGGAGGGAGCUCUGAUUGAACCUCUGUCCGUGGGGAUCCACGCCUGUCGCAGAGCCGGUGUAGCCCUUGGCAGCACCGUGCUCAUCUGCGGUGCAGGGCCUAUUGGUUUGGUGUGUUUGCUUGUGGCCAAGGCAAUGGGGGCCUCAAAGGUCGUCAUCACUGAUCUGUCCCCAGAGCGUCUGACGAUGGCCAAAGAUCUGGGAGCAGACUUCCAGCUGACGGUGAAGAGAGCGGACGGAGCCCAGCAGCUCGCCAAGACUGUCGAGGACAUGCUCGGAGCUCCGCCUCACAUCACCAUUGAAUGCACCGGCGUCGAGAGCAGCAUCCAAACUGCCAUCUAUGCAACACGUUCGGGAGGCGUGGUGGUGCUGGUGGGUCUCGGCUCUGAGAUGGCCACUGUUCCUCUGAUCCAUGCUGCUUUAAAGGAAGUGGACAUCAGAGGAGUUUUACGCUACUGCAACACCUGGCCCAUGGCUAUAAACAUGUUGGCAUCAGGUAAGGUGAACGUGAAGCCCCUGGUGACCCACCGUUUCCCUCUGGAGCAGGCAGUCGAGGCCUUCGACACCACGCGUCAGGGCGUCGGGAUAAAGGUCAUGUUAAAGUGUGACCAGAGCGACCAGAACCCCUGACCUGACCCCCAGUGUGGUGAAAACAAGACUAUGCAUGACAGGCAGACAUAUACAAACUGGACAUUGACCGUGAGGAAGAUAACAGGAGGACUUGUCUAGAAGUAGAAACACACUGAUAACAGCACUGACCGUCAAAUGGUACGAGUGAUAAGAUCCAACCUUUUAAUUGCUUUAUUAUUAUAUAUGAUUUGAAUUGUUCUUACAUUUAGAAUUUAGGAUAAUUUUACACUCUGCCACACAGUUAAAACUAACUUUUUCAAUAAUGAAUCUUAAAUAAAGAAAAACUAAGUGUU